CGACGGCAUUCGUAACUGCGACGCCUAUAGACGCCAAAAGCGGCGCGUAUUUCAGUUUUUCCAACCUUACUACUCACUCUCUUUUCAACCGCGUGAGUCUCUGACGUACAACAUGUGCCAUGUGCUCCUGAACUCGAUAGCGUGCUGAAAAUCGCGGGAAUGUGAAUUAAAAACUCGAUAAAAGUUCGCUUAAAAACAUGGUAUCGAAGACGGACCUAAAACCCUUUGAUGUUGCCGACAUGGCGGGCGGUGAUAGUGUUAAACUGAAGAGGAAGAUCACUUUGAUGAACGGUGUGGCUUUGAUCAUAGGGACGAUCAUAGGAAGCGGGAUUUUCCUAUCGCCGACAGGUGUUUACAAGAGCACAGAGUCGGUGGGGUUGUCGCUGAUCAUCUGGGCCCUUUCAGGAGCCUUUUCAACACUCGGCGCAUUGUGUUAUGCCGAGUUGGGGACUUCUAUUACCCGUUCAGGGGGUGAUUAUGCAUAUAUCUACGUCGCUUUUGGUCCUCUGGCUGCUUUUUUGAUGCUUUGGGUGUCUAUACUCAUCAUUCGGCCUACUACGCAGACUAUAGUGGCACUAACUUUCGCGGAAUAUGCUGCUAAAUUUUUUUUUCCAGACUGUGCUCCACCUGCCAAUGCAAUCAGACUGUUAGCAGCGGUUUGUCUAUGUCUUCUGACUGCUGUGAACUGCCUCAGCGUGCGAUGGGCUAUGCGAAUUCAGGAUCUAUUCACUGUGGCGAAGCUCUUGGCCCUUGCCGUCAUUAUUGUGGCAGGACUGUAUCACAUGGUCACGGGUACUUCUCACAACUAUGAUAAUGCUUUCGAAGGGAAUUUCGAUCUUGGAACAAUUGCUCUAGGAUUUUACUCAGGUCUGUUUGCAUUUGGAGGUUGGAAUUUCUUGAAUUUCGUUACCGAAGAACUACAGGAUCCGUAUAGGAAUCUCCCUAGAGCAAUUUGGAUCGCAUUGCCAAUGGUAACUGGAGUGUACGUUCUAGCAAAUGUAGCUUAUUUUGCCGUUUUACAAGGAGAUGAAAUGAAAGCUUCAAAGGCUGUGGCUGUGACUUUCGGGGCCAAAAUGUUUGGAAGCUUUAAUUGGUUGGUGCCAAUAUUUGUAGCUUUAUCCACAUUUGGAGGUGUAAAUGGUAUACUCUUCACAUCGUCUAGAUUAUUCUUGACUGGGUCUCAAGAAGGCCAUUUGCCUGAGUUUUUUUCCUACAUUCAUGCAAAGAAAAUGACGCCUAUCCCAUCUUUAAUUUUCACAUGUCUGACUUCGUUAGCUCUACUUUUUGUAGAGAAUGUGUUCACCCUAAUAAACUACUAUGGACAAAUACUUUGGCUCUCAGUCGCCGCAAGUGUUGGAGGAAUGCUUUAUUUGAGACAUACACAACCCGACAUGCCAAGACCAAUAAGGGUGAACACAAUAAUUCCAAUCGUGUUCCUUGCAGCUUGUGUAUUUUUGAUAGUAUUCCCAAUAUCAAAACAACCAAUGUAUACUUUAAUUGGGUCCAUAAUCACCUUAUCUGGUGUUCCUGUGUACUAUUUGUUUGUUAAAUGGGAUGUCCUUCCUGAGAAUAUGAAAAAGAAGUUGGCUACUACCACAAAAGUAUUACAAAGUAUUAUGUAUGUUGUAUCACCAGAGACUGAGCAGACUUUACAUUUUUAAUUAAUAUCUGGAGUUUUUAAUUAUAUUUUUAUUUAUGAGAAAAUAACAUAAUAUAUUGUAACUGCAA